AUGCACAGGCUAUCGAGUCGCUCCGUCUCCUCUGUCCUACGCAACGCCAAGGCCGCCACUCGAUACCACCGACCUCUCUCAUCGUCUUUUCCCCUCAUCGAUAAUCACUCGGGGGAGAAGGAUGCAACAAAGAGAUGGUUCUCUGUGUUAACCACUGGUAGUAGCUCUUGCGUUGAUGGAAGCAAGCCAUCCAAUCUGAAAAAUGAGCCUUUCGUGGGCCGACGUUAUGAAUCAACAUCUGCUGCAUCCGAACCACCAGCAGAGAAAUUUGAGUACCAAGCUGAGGUUAGUCGCCUCAUGGACCUUAUUGUGAAUAGCUUAUAUAGCAACAAGGAUGUAUUUCUUCGGGAGCUUAUCAGCAAUGCAAGUGAUGCCUUGGACAAGCUGCGGUUCCUUAGCGUUACUGACCCCAACCUUCUGAAGGAUGUAGUUGAUCUUGACAUUCGCAUCCAGUCUGACAAAGAUGAGGGAAUUAUUACAAUUACAGAUUCUGGGAUUGGCAUGACACGCCAAGAGCUUGUGGACUGUCUCGGUACUAUUGCACAGAGUGGAACUGCUAAGUUCUUAAAAGCACUGAAGGAUAGCAAGGAUGCUGGUGCUGACAGCAAUUUAAUUGGUCAAUUUGGUGUGGGGUUCUACUCGGCCUUCCUUGUUUCUGAGCGGGUUGAGGUCUCGACAAAGAGCCCCAAAUCUGAUAAGCAAUAUGUAUGGGAAGGUGAAGCAAACUCUAGUUCCUAUACUAUCCGAGAAGAGACUGACCCUGCUAAGCUUAUUCCAAGGGGAACUCGCCUCACUCUUUAUCUUAAGCAUGACGACAAAGGUUUUGCCCAUCCGGAAAGAAUCCAGAGGCUUGUGAAAAAUUAUUCGUUGUUUGUUUCGUUCCCAAUUUAUACAUGGCAAGAGAAGGGAUUCACUAAAGAGGUAGAGGUUGAUGAGGAUCCUGCUGAAGCCAGUAAGGAUGCAGGAGAGGGGCAAACUGAGAAAAAGAAGAAGACCAAGAAAGUUGUUGAAAGAUACUGGGAUUGGGAGCUUACAAACGAGACCCAGCCAAUAUGGCUCCGUAAUCCCAAAGAAGUCACUACAGAGGAAUACAAUGAGUUCUACAAGAAAACAUUUAAUGAGUACUUGGAACCUCUUGCCUCGUCACACUUUACAACAGAGGGUGAAGUAGAGUUUAGGUCUAUUUUAUAUGUGCCAUCAAUGGCACCCACAGGGAAGGAUGACAUUGUCAAUCCCAAGACAAAGAAUAUAAGGCUCUAUGUCAAGCGUGUAUUCAUUUCUGAUGACUUUGAUGGUGAAUUGUUCCCACGGUACUUGAGCUUCAUUAAAGGUGUUGUUGACUCGAAUGAUCUUCCGUUGAAUGUCUCCCGUGAAAUUCUUCAAGAAAGCCGUAUUGUCCGGAUAAUGAGGAAACGUUUGGUGCGCAAGGCCUUCGACAUGAUUCUGGGCAUAACCAUGAGCGAGGAUAGAGAUGAUUAUGUGAAGUUCUGGGAGAACUUUGGGAAACAUUUGAAGUUAGGUUGCAUGGAAGACCGUGAGAACCACAAGCGCAUUGCUCCAUUGCUGAGAUUUUUCUCGUCCCAAAGCGAGGAAGAUAUGAUCAGCUUGGAUGAGUAUGUGGAGAACAUGAAACCUGAUCAGAAAGAUAUUUACUUCAUUGCUGCGGACAGUGUUGCUAGUGCAAGGAAUACACCCUUCUUGGAGAAACUUGUCGAAAAGAAUAUUGAGGUUUUGUUUUUAGUGGAUCCAAUAGAUGAGGUCGCCAUCCAAAAUCUGAAAGCAUACAAGGAGAAGAACUUUGUAGACAUUAGCAAAGAAGAUCUGGAUCUGGGUGACAAAAAUGAAGAGAAGGAAAAUGAGGUAAAGCAAGAGUUUGGUCAGACUUGUGACUGGAUUAAGAAGCGCUUAGGUGACAAAGUCGCCAGUGUUCAAGUCUCAAAUCGUCUGAGUGCAUCACCUUGUGUUCUUGCAUCUGGAAAGUUUGGCUGGUCUGCUAAUAUGGAAAGGCUGAUGAAAGCACAGACAGUCGGUGAUCCUUCAAGCCUGGAGUUUAUGAGAAGCAGAAGAGUUUUUGAAAUCAAUCCUAAUCAUCCAAUCAUCAAAACUCUAAAUGCUGCAUGCAAGAGUAGCCCGAACGAUGAGGAAGCUCUUAGGGCUGUUGACCUUUUGUACGACACAGCUUUAAUUUCCAGUGGUUUCACUCCUGAGAGUCCAGCACAGCUUGGAGGGAAGAUAUAUGAUAUGAUGAACAUGGCUUUAUUGGGAAAAUGGAAUGAUGGGUUUCAGCAGCAACAAGUAAACAACACGACAUGGCACGUUCCUGAGACUGUCGAAGCUGAGGUUGUCGAGCCUACUCCUGCUUCUGAAGCUGCUGCUAAAAAUUAUUAA